GGUGUUGAGGUGUUUGACUGUUUGUUGAGUGUUGAUUUUAACAACGGAGACAGCGUUAUGCUGUUUAUUGUUAUUAAAUUUUAAUUAGUGCGAUAAACAUACAAAGAUGGCACCAAUGCGCGGCGAGCGAGGCGGCUCCCCGGCCCGCGGCGCGCGCGCCUCCCUGCCGCUACCACGUCGACUCAUUCGCCAGAUCGCGAGGCACGUGGCCUCCAGUGGCCGGUCCCUCCGUAGGCUUGAGGUCUCUGGCCGUGUCAUAGACAACUUCGAUGACAUAGACGACGGCUCGGAUGAAUCUGACAUGGAAACCCCCCAACCUGCAAGGGUGGCCUGCGCCGGUAAUGCCGGCAACCUCCCGCCCGCGGACCAUGACGACGACCUCACAAGCCUCAGCUGGUUACAGGACAGAAAUCUAUUAAGAGGUAUUAAUCUAACAACAAAAAGUGACAUGGAAGACACAAAAAUAAUAAGGAACGAAGUUAUUAUCAAGACAGAAUCAAAAACCCCCCCUCCCUUGGCCCGCGUACCUUCCCCCCCUCGCACGCCGUGCAAGGCUCCCCCCUCCCCUCCCGCGCACACGCACACCAAACCCCCCUACUCCUUCUCGUGCCUCAUCUUCAUGGCGAUAGAAGCUGCUCCAGCCAGAGCGUUACCGGUUAAGGAAAUAUAUGCUUGGAUUAUUCGACACUUUCCAUACUUCAAACACGCGCCGCAAGGCUGGAAGAAUAGCGUGCGGCAUAACCUGUCGUUGAAUAAAUGCUUUCAUAAGGUUGCAGCCGCGCCAGGUGUUGGCAAGGGUUCACUGUGGACUGUAGACCCACAGCAUCGCUCCACGCUAUUACAGGCGUUCGGCCGGCAGCCGGUGCCGCCGGUGGAGGCGGAGAGCGAGCACAAGAACGCGCCCGACCCCGCGCUGUUCCCGCACCUCGCGCGGCGCCUGGCCGAGCGGCCCGAGCCCGGCGCCGACGAGUACCUGGCCGCCGCCACCGUGCUCGCCAUGAAGUACGGGCCGCGCGUCAUGGACCAGGUGCGUGUGUGUAGUGUGGCACAGGACCGGCCCGAGCCCGGCGCCGACGAGUACCUGGCCGCCGCCACCGUGCUCGCCAUGAAGUACGGGCCGCGCGUCAUGGACCAGGUGCGUGUGUGUAGUGUGGCACAGGACCGGCCCGAGCCCGGCGCCGACGAGUACCUGGCCGCCGCCACCGUGCUCGCCAUGAAGUACGGGCCGCGCGUCAUGGACCAGGUGCGUGUGUGUAGUGUGGCACAGGACCGGCCCGAGCCCGGCGCCGACGAGUACCUGGCCGCCGCCACCGUGCUCGCCAUGAAGUACGGGCCGCGCGUCAUGGACCAGGUGCGUGUGUGUAGUGUGGCACAGGACCGGCCCGAGCCCGGCGCCGACGAGUACCUGGCCGCCGCCACCGUGCUCGCCAUGAAGUACGGGCCGCGCGUCAUGGACCAGGUGCGUGUGUGUAGUGUGGCACAGGACCGGCCCGAGCCCGGCGCCGACGAGUACCUGGCCGCCGCCACCGUGCUCGCCAUGAAGUACGGGCCGCGCGUCAUGGACCAGGUGCGUGUGUGUAGUGUGGCACAGGACCGGCCCGAGCCCGGCGCCGACGAGUACCUGGCCGCCGCCACCGUGCUCGCCAUGAAGUACGGGCCGCGCGUCAUGGACCAGGUGCGUGUGUGUAGUGUGGCACAGGACCGGCCCGAGCCCGGCGCCGACGAGUACCUGGCCGCCGCCACCGUGCUCGCCAUGAAGUACGGGCCGCGCGUCAUGGACCAGGUGCGUGUGUGUAGUGUGGCACAGGACCGGCCCGAGCCCGGCGCCGACGAGUACCUGGCCGCCGCCACCGUGCUCGCCAUGAAGUACGGGCCGCGCGUCAUGGACCAGCUGCCGCCCGAGGCGCACCUGGUGAUCUCCCGCUGCGCGCGCGACGAGCACUCGUACAGUGGCGGCGGCGAGGAGCGGCGCACGGCCGAGGCGCUGCUCAACCUGGCCGGUGUGGCCUGCCCGCCCCCGCCCCCGCCCGCGCUCAGCUAGCGCCAGCCCGACAGGGAGACACGCCUGCAUCGCUGCCUCUAUAUACCUAGCAGACACCGUGUGACUGGUAUAUAGCUGCCCCUGGACAUCUAGAUAGAAGACACCUGCAUCGCUGCCUCUAUAUACCUAGCAGACAACCGUGUGACUGGUAUAUAGCUGCCCCUGGACAUCUAGAUAGAAGACACCUGCAUCGCUGCCUCUAUAUACCUAGCAGACAACCGUGUGACUGGUAUAUAACUGCCCCUGGACAUCUAGAUAGAAGACACCUGCAUCGCUGCUCACGGAUAUCUGCAUUGCUGCCUCUAGAACUUGCAGCCAUCGUGUGACCGGUAUCUAGCUGCCCAUCGCUGCUGGACAGCUAGAUAGAAGACACCUGCCUGCCUCUAUAUACCUAGCAGACACCGUGUGACUGAUACCUAGUUGCCCCCGGACAUAUAGAUAGAAGACACUGCAUUCCUGCUUCUGGACAUCUAGAUACCUGCUUUGCGUGACUGGUAUCUAGCUGCGCGCCGUUAACACCACACCAGUUAAAUAGAAGGCAUCUGCUCGCGUCUGCCCCCAGACAGCUAGAUCGAAACGACCUGCAUUGCGUGACCGGUAUCUAAUUGCCCAUCGCUGCCGGACAGCUAGAUAGAAGACACCUGCAUCGCUGCUCAUGAACAUCUAGAUUGAAGAAACCUAUAUUGAUGCAUCGCGUGACUGGUAUCUAGCUGCCCGUAUCACUACAACAAUAUCUAGCUGCAGGCAUCACUAUCUCGACUUUUUUUUUUCAAGUGGGGAAAUCUUGCCUAAGAUACCCACGGCUCCCAGGGAUCACUAUCUCGACAUGUAGCGACGCGGACAUAUAGCUGCUCAUCGCUGAUCGCACGGCAUUUAGCUGCUUGUCAUCUGGUAUCUAACGCUAAGUCUCGUCGCUAGACGGUUAACGCUCCGAACACCGCCAUAUCUUGCUGCGAGCUAAAUUAGUGCCAGGAUGCAGUACGACGUCUGCUUUAAGUUCUCGUUGGCUAAUAAUAAUCCAUCAGUGGGUAACUACAUACAAUGACACAUAACAUUUUGCCCAUUGCUCAGUAGUCGGCAUUUAAAUACGGGUCAUUGCGAUGCAAAUAUUAGCAGUGUAGGGAGUUAAAA